GGUCGAAGUGUUGCGCAACCGGGGCGCGCACAGAAUACAAGCGCGCCGCCGCAGCGACAGGAGUCUGGCGACAGGCUGCAGAGUGUGUGUGAGUGAGAGCAUCUAUAGAUCUGACCGGAGGAGAGUGUGUGUGUAGCUUGUGUGGGAGACAGAAGGGAGAGCGGAACGCACGGGCACAACUUUGGAUAACUCACCCGGCAGGACAGAAACACCUCGCUCGCUCCAUCUCUUCUAUCAUCUAUCUCUCUCCUUGCUAACGGAUUCAAGCGGCGUGAUAGACUACUGCUCUGGCUGCGGGGAAGGUGUUAAUGUGUGCUUAUAGGAUGUGCACGUUCGGUGGGAUGUUGUGUCGCGUGGUGUCGGUGCUGUGGCUGGUCCUUUCGGUGGUCUCGGGGUUCAACCUGCAUGCGGAGCGCCCGGCGGUGUACGGAGGACCAGAGGGGAGCUACUUUGGUUACUCCGUGGACUUCUACCGACCGACCCCCGAAAGCAGCACGUUGAGUGUGUUGGUGGGAGCGCCCAAGGCCAACACAUCCCAGCCAGGCAUCAUAGAGGGAGGAGCUGUCUACUACUGUCCCUAUCCCCCAAACCCCGACUCCACCAAGCAACCCUACAGCUGCACACAGAUACCCUUCGACAACGCCAAUAACAGGAUGAUUAAGGUUAAUGGCACCAGGGAGCCUCUGGAGUUCAAGUCUCACCAGUGGUUUGGAGCCUCAGUUAGAACUCACAAAGGCAAAGUGGUGGCCUGUGCUCCUCUCUACCACUGGCGUACUGUGAAGGUGAACGGUGAGAAGGACCCGGUAGGAACCUGCUAUGUUGCCGUGCAGAACUUCAGCGCCUACGCAGAAUACUCACCCUGUAGGACCAAUGAUCCAGACCCGGAGGGACAGGGUUUCUGCCAGGCCGGGUUCAGUGUGGACUUCACCAAGGAGGGGACACUGGUGGUGGGCGGACCUGGAAGCUUCUACUGGCAAGGUCAGGUGAUGACUGCAGGCGUAGCAGAGAUAUUAAAUGGCUACUCUCUAAAAGCCGUGCUCAGGAGAGUCCAUGGAGAGAAACAGACACACGCUGCAGCUGAUACCCAUGACGACAGCUACCUAGGUUACUCUGUGGCAGUGGGGGAAUUCACAGGAGACUCAGAGCAAGAGCUGAUAGCUGGGGUUCCAAGAGGGGCACAGAACUUUGGAUAUGUAGCUGUGAUUAACUCCACUAAUCUGACAUUCAUCAUGAACUUCACAGGAGAGCAGAUGGCUUCCUACUUUGGCUAUUCUGUGGCUGUUACUGACCUCAAUGGAGACGGUAAACUCCGUUAUGUUCCUCAAUACCUGUGUCCUGCGCCUGACUCCGCUAUAACUCUGCACCCAAUCGAUGACAGGUAUGAUGAUGUACUGGUAGGAGCCCCUCUCUACAUGGAGAGAGAGAGGGAGAGUAAGCCCAAGGAGGUGGGCCGUGUCUACCUGUACCUCCAGCACUCCCCGCUCACCUUCUCCGAGCCCCUUCUCCUGACGGGAACACACACCUUUGGACGCUUUGGGACUGCCAUCGCCCCGCUAGGAGACCUCAACCAGGACGGAUACAAUGACGUGGCAGUGGGUUGUCCGUUUGGAGGGGAGGACCGGAGUGGCCUGGUGUUGAUCUACAAUGGCCAGAGAGACCUGACGGCCCGCGGCCUAACCCUCAGCCAGGAGCUCUAUGGAGCCUGGGACUCCAGUAGUGGCCUCUCCGGCUACGGCUUCACCCUCAGGGGGGACAGAGACCUGGACAACAACCAUUACCCUGAUCUGAUAGUGGGAGCAUUUGGUAAAGGGGAGGUGUCGGUGUACAGGGCUCGUCCUGUAGUGUCAGUGGAGGCUGAGAUGAUCCUGACUCCUAGAAUCCUGAACCCUGACGACCGAUCCUGCCUCCUGACAGAAUCUGAUACCAUGGUAACCUGUCUCAGGGUAGAUAUUUGUGCGAAGGUGAGCGGUGUGGGGAUCCCAGACUCUGUAGUCUUGAAUGCAGAGCUGCAACUGGAUUGGCUGAAAGGUGUGAGGGGCGGAGUAAAAAGAGUUCAUUUCCUGGAUUCCCAUCAGCCCCAGCACACAGGGGUCCUAACUCUUGGCCACAGCCAUCCACACUCCUGCCUGAACUAUACGGUCUACCUACGAGAGGAGGAUGAAUUUAGGGAUAAAUUGACUCCCAUCUCAUUGGCUCUGAACUACAGUUUAGCCCCUCCUUCCAACCGGGACCUCCCUCCUGUUCUCAACCGCUACAGCAGUACCUUCCUGCAGGAACAGGCGUAUAUUCUGCUGGACUGUGGGGAAGACAACGAGUGUAUUCCAGACCUCCAGCUGUCUGCAAGCAUGGACAGUACAGAGCUGGUGGUCGGGGAUGACAACCUGGUCAUGUUGACCAUAAACGCGGUUAACAAAGGAGAGGGGGCAUAUGAGACAGAGCUACACACACUCCUACCCCUUGAGGCUGACUACAUAGGAGUGGAACGCAGGAUAGAGUCUCUAUCCAGGUUGAACUGUGAGUACAGGAUGGUGAAUGACUCCAGACUGGUGGUGUGUGACCUGGGGAACCCUAUGGUUGCUGGAACAGAAGUAUCUGUAGGUUUAAGGUUUGCUGUCCAAAGGCUGGAUGAUGCCGGUCCUCACAUUGACUUUGACCUACAGAUCCACAGUUCAAACAAAGACAACUCCAAGAGCAACCCAGUCAGUCUGUCUCUCUCCAUCUCUGCCAGAGCUCAGCUAGACCUGAGGGGGGUGUGUCAUCCCUCUCAGGUGGUUCUUCCGUUUCCUCACUGGGAGCCCAAAGAGAAGCCGGUCAAAGAGGAUGACGUAGGACCCCAAGUCACACACAUCUACGAGCUCCAUAACUCAGGUCCCAGCAGUAUUCGGGAGGCGGAGCUCCAGGUGGGCUGGCCCUCUCGUUUCCGUGACGAACACCUGCUCUACGCUCUGGAGGUUCUAACGGAAGGACCAAUCAGCUGCCGGAGCAACACCAGCCUCAACAUCCUGGGCCUACAGAUGUCCUCUGUCCAGGACACUCCAGAAUUGUUGGGCUUUCUGAGAAACAGUAGCUCUCCUCACCGCUACAGACGAGCCACCAGCGCUGCCCAGCCCUACAGCAGCAAGACCCUGAACUGCAGUAACAUCAUUUGUCUAAGAAUUUUGUGUGUGGUCGGGCGGUUGGACCGUGGUCAGAGCGCUGUAGUCAAGAUCCGUUCCCGACUCUGGGCUCACACCUUCCUCCAGAGACGUAACGACCCAUACCUCCUCAACUCCACCGUGUCCUUCAGAGUGAAGGCCCUGCCCUACCGCCUCCAGCCCUCCUCCUUACCCCAACACACCACUUCAAUGGGUACACUGGUGCUGUGGGGGACUCCUGAUGUGGCGUUUGCUGUUCCUCUGUGGGUCAUCAUUCUGGCCAUCCUACUGGGACUGCUGGUCCUGGCCAUGCUAACACUGGCCAUGUGGAAGUGUGGGUUCUUUGACCGGGCACGGCUGCCAGCGGAUGACGUGUCAGACCGUGAGCAGCUGACCUCUGACCAAUUAGCAGACGCCUAAGAACGCCCACUCGCACCAUGGAGACCAGUUCUUGAUUCAAGGAAGCUGUUUGGGAGGAGUUCCGCCUCUUGAGUGAAAUUAAACUGAAAUGAGAUCUGCAGGCAGACUGCACUCACAGAUCAAAGGUUCUUUACCCCUUUUAAAGCUGAUCUGUCAUCAGUGAUUGGACUGCAAGCUCACAGGCCAAAGGCUGAAGUGCCAUUAAGACUUGUAUUCAAACAUCACCAGAGAGACUGGGAACAACCCACACAGAUGGAACUGCACACAUAAACACUAUUUAAGCAAACACAACCACUUGGAUGUAUAUGAGGCCUCAAGACAAUCUUGGACAGUAGAAUGGACUCUGGUCCUAACCCUGCUUGUAGUUGAAUAUGUUUCUAUGUACCGCUUGCCUCUGUGGGUUAGACUACUUGGGGAUCUGUAUGGUUGGAUAAUUCAGUUGGAGUUAACCAGUCUGGCUAACUUCAAAUGCAGUUACCAUCUGAUGUCAGUGACUUUGUGUCUGCCUGCUUUCACUGUUAAAUACAUUCCACCAUUGAUCAAAUGUACACACACACACACACACACACACACACACACACACACACACACACACACACACACACACACACACACACACACACACACACACACACACACACACACACACACACAUAGGGGGCUGUAUAUAUCUAUGGAUGGUGUAUGUGCAAUAUUGGGACAUUCUGUGUGAUACUGAAGCUUGUUUACACUGGUAUUAUUUUAUUAGAACUUGGUGUUCAAAUUCUUUGUGUAUAUUGUUUAGUUAGUAUACUAUUGUCUAUGUGAGUGUUUUUAUUGGCAUAUUAGUAUAUACAGUGCCUUCAGGAAGUAUUCAGACCCCUUUACUUAAAAAAUAUAUAUGUUAUGUUAUUCUAAAAUGGAUUAGAUCAUUAUUUUCCCUCAUCAAGCUACACACAAUACCCUAUAAUGACAAAGCAAAAACAGGUUUUUAGACAUUUUUGUAAAUUUCUUAAAAAUAAAAAACUGAGCAAUUACAUUUACAUAAGUAUUCAGACCCUUAACUCAGUCUGAGGUCCUAAGCGCCCUGAAGCAGGUUUUCAUCAAGGAUCUCUCUGCACUUUGCUCUGUUCAUCUUUCCCUCGAUCGCUGCCAAAGGUGCUUCGACAAAGUACUGAGUACAAAGUAAAGGGUCUGAAUACUUAUGUAAAUGUGAUAUUUCCAGAAAUAUUUGCAAAAAUGACAAAAUCUGUUUUUGCUUUGUCAUUAUGGGGUAUUGUGUGUAGAUUGAUGAGGGGGGAAACAAUUGAAUACAUUUUUGAAUAAGGCUGUGACAUAACUAAAUGUGGAAAUAGUCAAGGGGUCUGAAUACCUGCCGAAGGCACUGUAAGUGUUGAAAGAGAGAAGUGUUUAUAAUGGGUCCAACUGUUUAAAAAAGAGAACGUGGGACUGGGCUAAAUACAAAAGGAACUACAUUAACAUUAGCAUCCAAUGUGAGAGGUUUAGGCCUAGAUUCAAUCAGACCAAUUGUUAAUAGGCGCUAGCUGACAUCCCAUAACUAGCCGACAAACCCAGAAUUAUUCCAAACACAUUUAAAAAGAAAGGGAAAGUCAUUGAGUUACAUCUCAGAAAACACAACACUAAAGUAUACAACAUAAUAUUACUUCAAUACAAAGCAAAAAUGUAAUAGCCUAACAAUUUCAAGUGAUUAGGUGAUCUUCUAGGUCUAUAUAGCAGUAACCUCAAGGGCUGGCGGGGAGGCCAAGAGUACUAAUUUAUUGGCCUAUAUAGCAGUAACCUCAAGGGCUGGGAGUGGGGCCAAGAAUACUGAUCUGGAGGAAGGUGAUGCUUAGGCCUAUGUAGCAGUAACCUCAAGGGCUGGAGGUGGGGCCAAGAAUACUGAUCUGGAGGAAGGUGAUGCUAUAGGCCUAUGUAGCAGUAACCUUAAGGGCUGGAGGUGGGGCCAAGAAUACUAAUCAUGAGGAAGGUGAUGCUAUAGGCCUAUGUAGCAGUAACCUUAAGGGCUGGAGGUGGGGCCAAGAAUACUGAUCUGGAGGAAGGUGAUGCUAUAGGCCUAUGUAGCAGUAACCUUAAGGGCUGGAGGUGGGGCCAAUAAUACUAAUCUGGAGGAAGGUGAUGCUAUAGGCCUAUGUAGCAGUAACCUUAAGGGCUGGGAGUGGGGCCAAUAAUACUAAUCUGGAGGAAGGUGAUGCUAUAGGCCUAUGUAGCAGUAACCUUAAGGGCUGGAGGUGGGGCCAAGAAUACUAAUCUGGAGGAAGGUGAUGCUAUAGGCCUAUGUAGCAGUAACCUUAAGGGCUGGAGGUGGGGCCAAUAAUACUAAUCUGGAGGAAGGUGAUGCUAUAGGCCUAUGGGGACAAGAAUACUAAUAGGAUAUCAUCAGGUCCCAGCUGCAAUAAAAUUAGUUGGUUGAACCUUGAAAGGUCUACUUAAUUUUGUCUAAUUUUAGGAAAAUUAGUUGGGCCAAAGAGAGGCUGAGGGAGGGUUGAUAGAUUUCCAAUCCAAUAGAAUCCAUCUGUGUGCCAACAGGGAGGCAAAGGCAAUGGCAUCUAGCAGUCUAUUGGUCAGGGAAGGAUUGUUGUUUGGUAAAAAUAGCCAUUUCUGCACUAGGCUGCCACUCUAUUUCAAAUGCUUCAGAAAGUGUUUUAAAUAUAGUGAACCAGUAGUCUGCCAGACAGGGACAAAACCAGAUUAUGUGAGUCAAGUGUGCCAAAGAGCUUUUACACCUGUCACAUGUACCAUCAAUAUUUGGGUAGAAUUUGGAGAGCCUGGCCUUACUGAAAUGGAUACAGUGAAGUAUAAAGCUGAGCCGGGCACAAGAGGAGCUUCCAUUUACCCUAAGCAAGGCACUAUUCCAGACUUCGUCCGAGGUCUCUCAACCUAGUUCCUUUUCCCGCUCAGAUCUAAUUUUAUUAAGUGAUGGGUUAUCAAAGGACAUGAUUAUCUCAAAAAUACCUACAUUUGGAAAUACCUAAAUACACUUGAAUGGGGUAGAUUGCCAAUGUUGAUGACCUCGCUAUCAAAUGUAAAGGUGCCAUCAAUAUAAUGGCCAUUAAACUUAGUAAGGCCAUUCCUCUGCCACAGACUUCAAGCUGAAUCCAGUUUGGCUGGUUUGGCUGAAAGGAAGAAGUGAUUAUUACAUAUAGGAACUUAAGAGAAUUCACAGAAUUUAAAGUGUUGACAGAAUUAAGGCCAAAUUUUAAGAAUAUUGACAACAAUUGGAUUGGAUGUGUAGCGCGAAGCAGAAAGAGUAAGAUUGGGGGUGACUAAAGCUGAAAGAGUAAGAUUGGGGGUGACUAAAGCUGAAAGAGUAAGAUUGGAGGUGACUAAAGCUGAAAGAGUAAGAUUGGAGGUGACUAAAGCUGAAAGAGUAAGAUUGGAGGUGACUAAAGCUGAAAGAGUAAGAUUGGGGGUGACUAAAGCUGAAAGAGUAAGAUUGGGGGUGACUAAAGCUGACACAGGGGAAGAGAAAUAGGAGUUGACUUCUGUUUGACACCAGUCAGUUUCUGGGGUGCGAAGCCAGUAAACAAUAUUUUGUAUAUUCGAUGCCCAGCAAUAAUGCAUAAACUUAGGAAGGACUUGUGUGUUCUAUCUCUCUGGAGGAAUGCUUUAUGUAUUAUUGGACUCCCACCGCUCCCCCCAAAAAGAUAUAAGCUUAUCCACUAAAGUGAAAAAAGGCUUGGGUAGAAAAAAAUGGCUGAUGUUUUGGCAGUGUCGGAGGUGUAGCUGCAUUAGAGCAGUCAAAUCGGUGAGCAGCUGCUCUUGAUCACUGUCAUGAAGCCACACCGUCCCACUGGCGUUAGAAGUUCAGAAUAAGAAAGUGUUAGGCUAUAUAGAAAUAAUGACGCUCUAAUUGAAAAUCAUUACACUAAAUAAUGAGGAUUUCUAUCAGCCUAAUCGAGGUGAAGAUUACAUCUCAAACUUGUAAACAAGGCUACAUGGGAUUUCUCUUAAUGCGACGCUGUGCAGCCAAUGGCAAUGUCCGAUGGAAGCUUAAUGCCAGGAGCCCUUGUGGAUUUGACAGCUCUAACGCAGUUCACCUCCGACACCGCCAAAACAACCUCUAUGCAGAUGUCGGCUAAAGUGGAUCUGAAUGAAUAGAGCAAUAAGAGAGUAAGGUUCAAACUUAAUUUCAAUUUACUUCACAUCUAGUAAUUCACAGUAUGUAAUAUGAAGGAUUCUCAUUACAAAUUUGAUUUGUGUUUUGUUUUUGUACGGAAGAAUACUGAAAGAUUAUUGAAAUAAAGUGUCCUUAAUUGCCAAGUA